UCCUAUAUUUAUUUUCCUCUCACUGUCCAUCAUUUUUUUUUUCUUAUGAUUCUCUUUCAAUUAUGUUCUCAAUUUUCUGGAUGCUGUAUUAAGGUGUUACCAAUGGAAAAAGCAGGAACUUUUAGUGCAUUUCUGCUUUGUUCUUCUUGGGAUUUCAAUCCAUAGUCGUGAUUUGAUUCCAAUAUCUUUUUUGUCUCGCUCAUUUGAAUUCCUUUUUGGAAUUCUUUAGUCCUAAAAUUAGUUUCCCUCAUCUGGGUAUUUCUGUAUUUUGUGGAAUCUCCUCCGUUUUUUGUCAAUGGCACAAGCUGAGGAAUCAAAAACAAGUGACUCUCACCAUUUGCCCAUCCAAAUGUCCAAUCUUUCCAGAGAUCUCUUGCACAGAUUUAUAUCUGAAAGCCAAUUUCCUCGCAAAUUCCGAGAACCGAACUUGGAAGGGGAGGAAGAUGAAGCAGAAGAAGAUAAUGAAGAUAUCGAGCUAAGCCUAGGCCUCUCAUUAAAUGGUCGCUUUGGGGUUGACCCAAAAAGAGCAAAAAGGCUGAACAGGUCAUCUUCCAUCCCAGAUUUUGUUGUUAACAAUGAAAGUAGUAGUGGACGUGUGAUGCCUGUUGUGGGUCGUGGUGAUCUCGUUAGGACUUGUUCUUUGCCUACAGAGACAGAGGAGGAUUGGAGGAAGAGAAAGGAAAUGCAGACACUGAGGAGAAUGGAGGCUAAGCGGAAGAGAUCAGAGAAGCAAAGGAGCUGGAAAGACAAGGCUUUGUGUGCUUCAAUCUUUGGUUCUGGUGCCAGAGUGCGUAAUGGUUUUGAAUUGAAAGGAGAAAAAGAUAGUUCUUCGAGUGGUGCCUGCAUAGGAGGGCUUUUACCACCAGCAGCACCAUUAUCACAGGGGUCAGGUGGAUCACGAGGGAGUGGGUCCUCUGGGAUCUCAGAUUUUGAUAGCCUACCGGCUCAAGGGAUGAAUAAGUGCACAGAAGCCAGAAGCCCUGCUAGUGUCCAGUCUUUGCCUGAGUGCGAGAAGAAACCAUUAGUCACCAAUGGAUCAAUAACUACACAAAAGUCAGGAAACUUUUCCGCAGUUUCGGCGGAGAUUAAACCUACUAAACCAACAGUUGGUGACGAGGGAACUAACGACAUGACGAGGAAUGUGUUGGAAGAUAUGCCCUGUGUGACUACAAAGGGAGAUGGGCCCGACGGAAAAAGGAUCGAAGGGUUUCUCUACAGAUAUAGGAAAGGUGAAGAGGUGAGAAUAGUAUGCGUCUGCCAUGGCAGCUUCCUCACCCCGGCCGAGUUCAUAAAGCAUGCUGGUGGUGGUGAUGUCGCUAACCCCCUCAAGCACAUAGUUGUCAACCCCACUUCCCUUUUGUGAUAUGAACUCUCUUGUUAAGCCUUCAAAACCCGCUUGCCGGCCAGAGAAGGAAGAAAAUUGGCUAGGUUGAUGAGAUGUUCUUUUUUCAAUUUUUGUGAACCAAGAACUUGUGUUGUACUCGGUGCAUGAACUCUCUUGCCAAACGGUGAGAAAUGCUUACAAAACAAACAAGAUGCUUCCAAAUGGGGCAUCUUUUUCUUAUUUCCAGAGUAAUUUAUAUUUCUCCAAGCUUUCAUUGCUAUAUCGUUAAUGGCUUGGAGAUGUUUUGUAAUCAACCAUUGAUUUCAAAUGGAAACUAAUUUUGGAUUGGAGAGUGGUUGCACUUGCUUUCUUGUUGGGCUGAAUAAACCAUUUUGGCAGGAUUUCUCAUUC